AGUCCCCGGUCCCUGCCCAGUGCCGCCCGGCCCUCUUGAGUCUGGUCCACCGCGGGGCUCUGCGUCCAGCGUUUCUCUUCGGAGAAGUCCUUUUCAUCGUAAAGAGCUCUCUGAGACACUUUCUUCUAAAAGGCCCCCAUUAUGCUUCUCUGACGCUUUGGCUGCACGUCCCAACUUUGAGUUCGGAAUUUUGGCGCUGAAGGAACCCUGGACCCGCAGGCGGCCGCCCGACGCCCCCAACGCGUAGGCGAAGGCUAGGAGGACUUCGGGGGCUUUCCAGCCUUCGCUCCCUUGCUGCCCACUUUGGGGCCGUUUUCAGAAGUUGUGAACUUCCGGGGUUGGCUCGCCCCGUUUGUGGUUCAGAGUCGGUGGCAUGUAGUCUGCGUUGGGCGCGGCCCUUUAAACUUUCUGUGUUUUAAACUUCGGGGGUGUGGCCCUGGCCUCGCCUCUCCUAGCAGCUAGCUGCUCCUGACCCACCCGGUCCUUCCCCUCCGCCUCCGCUUUCCAGAUGCUUUGGAGUCAUGAGCCGGGAGGGCUCAGGGACCCGUUUGGUAGCGGAGGUGAUCAAAGAUCGCCUUUGCUUUGCCAUUCUCUACAGCAGACCAAAGAGUGCAUCAAAUGUACAUUAUUUCUGCAUAGAUAACGAACUUGAAUAUGAGAACUUCUACGCAGAUUUUGGACCACUCAAUCUGGCGAUGGUUUACAGAUACUGUUGCAAGAUAAAUAAGAAACUAAAGUCCAUUACAAUGAUCAGGAAGAAAAUUAUACAUUUUACUGGCUCUGAUCAGCGAAAACAAGCAAAUGCUGCUUUCCUUGUGGGAUGCUAUAUGGUUAUAUAUUUGGGGAGAACUCCAGAAGAAGCAUACAGAAUAUUAAUGUUUGGAGAUACAUCCUAUAUUCCAUUCAGAGAUGCUGCCUAUGGAAGUUGCAAUUUCUACAUUACACUUCUCGACUGUUUCCAUGCAGUGAAGAAGGCAAUGCAGUAUGGCUUCCUUAAUUUCAACUCAUUUAACCUUGAUGAAUAUGAAUACUAUGAAAAAGCAGAAAAUGGAGAUUUAAAUUGGAUAAUACCAGACCGAUUCAUUGCCUUCUGUGGCCCUCAUACAAGAACCAGACUUGAAAGUGGUUACCACCAACAUUCUCCCGAAGCUUAUGUUCAAUAUUUUAAGAAUCACAAUGUUACUACUAUUAUUCGCCUGAAUAAAAGGAUGUAUGAUGCCAAACGCUUUACAGACGCUGGUUUCGAUCACCAUGAUCUUUUCUUUGCGGAUGGCAGCACCCCUACUGAUGCUAUUGUCAAAGAGUUUCUGGAUAUUUGUGAAAAUGCCGAGGGCGCCAUUGCAGUGCAUUGUAAAGCUGGCCUCGGACGCACUGGCACUCUGAUCGCCUGCUACAUCAUGAAGCAUUACAGGAUGUCAGCAGCCGAAACCAUUGCUUGGAUCAGAAUCUGUCGCCCUGGCUCAGUGAUUGGACCACAGCAACAAUUUUUGGUGAUGAAAGAAGCAAGCCUCUGGCUGGAAGGUGACUAUUUUCGUCAAAAGUUAAGAGGUCGGGAGAAUGGAAAACACAAAGCAGCCGUCUCAAAACUCCUCUCCAGUGUGGAUGACAUUUCAAUAAAUGGGGUCAAGAAUCAAGACAAGCAAGAACCUGAACCGUACAGUGAUGACGAUGAAAUCAGUGGAGUGACACAAGGUGACAGACUACGGGCCCUGAAAAGCAGAAGACAAUCAAAAGCAAACGCUAUUCCCCUCACAUGUUCCCUAGCUGUGCUGACCUCUGCACUGUGUAGUGUUGUCAUCUGGUGGAUUGUUUGUGACUACAUUCUUCCCAUCCUGCUAUUCUGUCUCGAUGGUUUCAGAACACAGUAGCCUUCAGGACCUUUGACAAAUAGCUGCUGUUCCCUCCAUUUCAAGGACUAAAACAGUCUUGCGUUAAGUAAAAACCUGUGACCAGAACUGAAGGAAGACUCUAGGAACAGAAAACUACAACAGGACUUAGCACAAUUUAUUUGAAAACAAAACAAAUUUUCAAAAAAGCCUUAGUUGCUUUCCACCUAAGAAGUUUAUUCAGUGAAGAAAAAUGUCCACUGGAGUUUUAAAUAGCCAAACGAGAUUGGGUGCAAGCGAAUGACUUGAAGAAGGGCCCAACUCUCCUUUUGUAGAAACGCCUCAAGUUUAACAACAAAAAAAGCUGUCGUAAAUUUAGUCUCAGGUGUACAUGUCAAAGCCCUCUGCUAGCAAGAGAGCUGCCUAGUCUGUGUGGUGCAUGUGUGUCCCUUGUGAUGGCAAUCAUUUUAGCUGCUGGCCUUCAGAAGAAUUGAGGAUCUGAUGGAGGUUUUCUUACAUAUUUAUUUUCUGUUUAUCCUGUGUCCCUGUGUCAAAAUUUAUAUACAACAGGCAUUAUUGAAAUGGUACUUUCUGUAAUUUGAUACAAUUUGGUUUCAUCAUGUUCACUUUAGUGUUUGUAAUACUGUUUUAAUGUUAUCUCUGUGAAGUACCCAAGCUGCUUGUCUUCCACCAAAGAGUGCUUUAUUAAGAAGAGUCUGUGAAAACCACAUUUAAACACUGUUACAUGUUGUGAUACAAAGUGGCACUUUGAUAAGGGGAAAUUUGCAACAGAAUGUUAAUGGUAGCCUUAGAAGACUCGGGAGGAGGACAUGGCUUCAGAAUCGGACGGUUGCUGCAUCGGCUUACUCCUCUGUGUAUCACUGGGUGACCGAAGACGGCCAAGUCCGCCCACGGUUUUGUUGCCCAGCCACGCAAACUAAAAUCACCUUUCCUUCCAUGCAUGGAAAAGAAUGUACAUACACACGGUUGCUGUUUCAAGGUCCCUAAAUAAUGGUGGCUUGUUUCUCAAGCUUUAUGGCUUUAGUAGGGCCUUUUUCUGUAGCAUUGGGGGUUGUUUUCAUGUGAUCAGCCUAAGGCCGUCACACAUCCUUUGCUUUCAGGGACAGUUAUCUGCAUCUGGGUUUCAGUUGUUUGUAGAUAGGAGAACUCACUGUUGCCUUUGGUUAGGGAAUACAACCAGUAACUUUACAGAGUGCCUUCCCCCCUCAGCCCUACUGAAACAUAGCAGAGUCUGUGAUUCCACAAAGCAUUCACAAAAACAGGAUUUAUUUGCUAUCAACAAAAAUUGGGGUCCAAAAGAAAAGACUGUUUUUCAGCCACUUUGGUUACCUCCAUAACAAGAAGUGAAUGGUUUUCGGUAUCGUUAACCACGUUUUGCCUGUCCAAGUUCAGAGAAUGGAAGGGUGCAAUAUUGAAAAGCAGUGGAUGGCAAACACCUUUGCAAUAUAAGCUUUUAAGCAAAACUAUUAAGAGUUGUUGGAAUGAACAGGCUAAAAAGACAUUGAAAAGCAAUGGCUCCAGUUCUGGGUGUGCUCUUUUGUAGUAGACAAAAUUGUGAAAUUGGCCGGCAUUGAGGGGAGACGGAAGAUGCCAUUGUCUUAGCCAAACAAGCAGUUCUUUUUCCAUCAGGCAGUAUGAGGGUGGAAACAGGCCAGCUUUUAAACACUGGGGAGUAGAUUACAGAUGACCAGUAGUUUUCUCUCCCUGGAAAUGAAUAGUCACAAAGACCAACUUGCCUGUGGGAAGACAGCUUUUCAAUAAGAUUUGAGUGGGAAGAGGAACAUCCUAUUUGCUGUGUUGUGGUGGGAGAUAAUACUUAGUAUUCAAACUGUGCCCAUGCAUAAAGCAUUUAAAUUCUCAGGGCAACUCUUUCCCUUACACUUCUAAAGGUCAUCUCAGCCAUAAAUAACCCAGGUUGUUGUGAAAAUCAAACUUCCAUUUGAACCUUUCUUGGUUUGGCUGUGCAUUACUUCAGAACAAGUCAGUGUGCUGCCAGCCUUGGCCCACGAUGGAUACCAUGUCCCUCACAGUGAGUAAAGCCACUUGAUGUCUUGGCCAAGAGUGAAAAUUCUGGGCUUCGGUAUUAACCACAGUAUUUUUUAUUCAGUAAAUUCCCUUUAUUGAGUUGGCUGUUUAAGUUUCCAACUACAACUGUGAUCACUGCGGCUCUUUCUAAAAAUCUUUGUAUCUAACAGGCUCACUGAAAUGAGUCGUAGGAAAUGAGUGGUUGGUAACGAAGGGUUUCUUGGCACAAAUGUGAUUUGGGGCAGUGCUUCGGAUGAAUCGCAUGUCGUGGUGUGGAGCUUGUUGGGAACGUGCCUGGGGUCCAGAAAGCCUGUGGGUCUGACUGACGGAAAGUUCUUCCUGCUGUGAGUGAGAGUGGGCUCUUCCAUCCUCCUUUCCAGCUGAAACCCCAACACACCCAGAUUCUUCUGAGAGUCUAGCUUUGAGUCCUUGUUGUGGAAGACCUUGUUGCUAUGGAAUGGGAAGGCCGCAUGUCAGAUGAAGAGAUUCUUUUAAGAGCCUGAAAUAGCUUGGAAAGUACAUCAAGACAGUUUCCAAUGGAAUUAAAAUUAGAAAUGAGUAUUUUUGGUGCCCUUGAAGCUUUCUGAGGACUGAAAUAGUCAAAAGUCAGGGAGAGUAGAAAGGAAGGGUAUCAGCAAACCUGUGUGCACCCAGGACCACUUCUAUUUUGCAGUGCUGAGGGGACCUGAGAAACCUCCAUGACCCCUCAGUGAAGAGGGUUUUUUUCCUGAAAACAAGUAACGUUACUUGUCAAAUGUAGCUGCUUCCAAGCUGCUCACUGCUCUUCUAGGCUCCAGAAAUUUUCACUUCUAAAACUUGGUCCCUUUCGCCUGUCACCCAGCCACUGCCUUCCUUCCCUGCCCACCUGCUCCCUUCACAGGGGUGAUUUCUAACUCUUCUCUUGGGCCCAGACAAGUUUGAGGAGUUCCAUGUGUUCUCGUGAGGCAAAUGUGUUUGCACAUGGAGCAGGAUCGGGUACAGCGUGCCUGGUGGGCCAGCGAGCGGGCUUUGGGCGGUGGUUGCCAAGAGCGCCUGGAGCCUUUCCCAUGCUCAAACCACUGGUCAGGACAGAUGAGCAACAAACCCGCUGGAGGUUUGUUCUAAAAGCAGCUCAACUGCUGCAUUUCAUACCUUGUUUUUUAAAAAAUUAUUCCAUUUUGGAAAGCAGAGCUCGUCAAAAACAACUCUAAGGACAUGUUUGAUUUCUUUAGUAGUUAGUUCCCAAUGAAACUGCCCUGGCAAGGCCAGCUGUUGCUCUUCCAUCUGUCCCAAACCUGAGUAUUCUCCAUGUUGCUGAGAGGAAAUAGCACAGAUGUGUUUAAAAGACUGGACAGGUCACCUCUACUGUGUAAGAAAUUACCUCCUUAAUCCAAUUACACGGUAGAAUUAACUGUCAGCAGUCAUGUCCACCUGAUUAUUGGACUGCAGUUUUAUAUUAAUUAUUUACAGACUUUUAUCUAACCUGCACUCAUGUACAGAUUAUUAAAAGUUUUAAAAUGUAACUGAUUAAUCAGUAUUUGAUCAAUCAUUGUUUUGAUUUUUUUUAUUAAAAUGUAUAUUUCUAAUCAUAUUUUUUAAAGCUGAGAGAACUGGUUGAAUGAAUGUUUAUUUUCCUGAAGGUAUUUUUAAGAUAAAGCUUCAUAAUGGCCUGUAAACUUCGCAUAUCUAUGUAAUUUCAUACAUAUAUUGUCACAUUUGAAAAUAUUGUGUAUUGUAACUUGUUUUAUACAAAAUAUUGGAGAGUGGAAAUUGUAUAAUUACAAUCAUGUAAUUAAAAGUAUUAACCAAACAUGGCUUAUUGUAUUUGCUUACUGAGUCAUGGUAUUCACAUUCUGAGUCACGGCAGGCUGCGGUUCAAAUAUAAAGUGGGAAGAAACCCUUCUCCAGGGUAAGACGGUCAGACAGUGAGGGAGUUCCUGCUGUGAAGUCAGGCUACACACACACCACCCCCAGCUCAGACGAUGCAGAGGGCUGUCUUUCUGGAGACCACGAAGGAUAAAAACACAAGAUCAGGCCCUUUGCGCCUUGCAGGUCUUAGAAUCUAGCCCCUUUAGGUUACUGCCAAGGUCGAGAUGAAAGUGCUACGUGUAGGAGGCAGGCCCAGUCCUAGUGCACUCUGCUCCUGCUUCCUAAUCCUGGAGUCCUUUCUAAUUUGUAAUUCAGGGACAGAUUACCCAGUGAGCCAGGUAUGCACAGGCUUACUUGUGCUUACUUAAUCUGUAGCUGCGCAAUUUCACCACAUCUCAUGUGAAACCUUCAGAUUACUUGUUGCUGUCGAGUCGAUUCUGACUCAUAGUGACCCUACAGGACAGGGUAGAACUGCCCUGUAGGGUUUCCAGGGAAUGACUGGUGGAUUUAAACUGCUGAUCUUUUGAUUAGCAGCCUGAGCUCUUAACCGCUGUGCCAUCAGGGCCCCACACUACAGACUAGUAAACACAAUUAAGCUCGUGCAUACCUUGUUUUUUUUUAUACCUUGUUUAUUGGUUAAUCCUCCCCUGUCCAGGAUGCCGUCCUUGGUACUACUUACUACCCUUCCCUCUUGAUGGUCUCUGUUACGGGACAGGAUCCUAAACACUUCACGACUACUCUGUCACCUAGAGGUUGUGCCUGGGACUUAGGACCUUAUUCUGUUAAGGGUGUUCUGUUCAGUUUCCCAAGAAGCCUGGUUUUUAUGCACACUGGGAUGUGAGUUUUCACAGUCACUCUUCUAUGGCGCUUGUCUUCUUUGUCUUACCCAAGCUACCACCCACAGAGCUGGAUUUACAGGCCCUUUUUUCCC